GAAAUAUUGACCAUACCUAAUUUCACAUAUAAUAAUGAUAUGAUCCUACUUAAUUUCUCAGAUCUUAAGCUACGAGCUCUGCUUCCAAAUGCCUAUAAAUAGGGGGCUUAUUUCACACCAAGUUAUCAUCAUCCAAAACACAUUUACAUCUACGACAUUCAUUUAGUUAAGAGGCAAAAUAACAAGAGUGAAAAUAAUGGCAAGUCCCAAAGCAAUAGGGGCUGCAUUGUUGGUUCUACUUCUCGUAGAUCUGUGCAUUGCAGUAAGACCACCAUUUGCCGCAGGAGGUGGAGGUGGUGGUGGUAGCGGUGGUGGAGGCGGUGGAGGGUCUAAUGGCUAUGGUUCUGGCUAUGGAUCAGGUUAUGGUUCUGGAAGUGGUAGUGGACAUGGUGGUGCAGGAGUAGGAGGAUAUGGUAGUGGAGGAGGUGGAGGUGGAGGGGGAGGUGAAGGCGGUUCUGGAUCGGGAUAUGGGUCUGGUUAUGGAUCUGGAGAAGGGUCUGGAUAUGGUGGUGUACAUGGAGGUGCCUAUGGUAAAGGUGGAGGUGGGGGAGGAGGAAGCGGAGGAGGUGGGGGUAAGGGAGGCUCGGGCUCAGGUUAUGGUUCUGGAUAUGGAUCGGGAGAAGGUUCAGGUUACGGUGGUGCAAGUGGAGUUGCCUAUGGUAAAGGUGGAGGUGGGGGAGGAGGAAGUGGAGGGGGUGGAGGUAAUGGAGGCUCAGGUUCAGGUUAUGGUUCUGGAUAUGGAUCAGGAGAAGGGUCAGGUUAUGGUAGUACGCAUGGAGUAGGGUACGGUAAGGGUGGAGGUGGAGGAGGCGGAAGUGGAGGUGGGGGAGGUGAUGGAGGCUUAGGUUCAGGAUACGGAUCAGGUUAUGGUUCAGGAUCUGGUUCCGGAGGUAGUUAUGGUGUUGGUGGUGGUAAAGGAGGUGGCGGUGGAAGUGGUGGAGGUGGUGGUGGUGGUUUAGGGUCAGGUUCAGGUAGUGGAUAUGGUUCUGGAUCAGGCUAUGGAGGUGGUCAUGGUGGAGGUAACUAGCCAUGUGUGAUAUAAAGGGUGACUCAUACUUUAACUUCAUAAAAUAGUAUAUCGAUGUUAUCUUCUAUAUGUAAUCGUUUAUAUUGGGAAUAAAGCAAAAGGCGAUAUAUCUUUUGUGUUCUACAACUAUCUUCUAGUUUUGUUGUAACCAUCCAUGUUGUUGUAAGAGUUCUAUUUGCUAUUAAAAUUUUCUUCUUUGUUCAUAAAUGAAAUAAUGUUUGUUACGUCGUUUA